UGGCCGCACCGGCAGCAUCAGCACUCGCAGCAUCCCCGGGCGGCCUCGGGCGGGGCCGGCCCGACGGAUAGGCGGACAAAGGGCCCCGGGGGCGCGAGGCCCGCCCAGGCUGACCAUGGAGGGAGGCUCGUUCGGCGCGGGACGCGCGGGGGCAGCCCUGGACCCUGUGAGCUUCGCGCGGCGGCCCCAGACCCUGCUGCGGGUCGCAUCCUGGGUGUUCUCCAUCGCUGUCUUCGGGCCCAUCGUCAACGAGGGCUACGUGAACGCCGACAGCGGCCCAGAGCUACGCUGCAUCUUCAACGGCAACGCGGGCGCCUGCCGCUUCGGAGUCGCGCUCGGCCUCGGGGCCUUUCUCGCCUGCGCCGGUUUCCUGCUGCUCGACGUGCGCUUCCAGCAGAUCAGCAGCGUUCGCGACCGGCGCCGCGCAGUGCUGCUCGACUUGGGCUUCUCAGGCCUCUGGUCCUUCUUGUGGUUCGUGGGCUUUUGUUUCCUCACCAACCAGUGGCAGCGCACGGCGCCCGGGCCGGGCACGGCGCAGGCGGGGGACGCGGCGCGAGCCGCCAUCACCUUCAGCUUCUUCUCCAUCCUCAGCUGGGUGGCGCUUACCGUGAAGGCCCUGCAGCGGUUCCGUCUGGGCACCGACAUGUCGCUCUUUGCCACCGAGCAGCUGGGUGCUGGGGCGGGCCAGACCUACCCGGGGUACCCGGUGGGCAGCGGUGUGGAAGGCACGGAGACCUACCAGAGCCCGCCCUUCACCGAGACCCUGGACACCAGCCCCAAAGGGUACCAGGUCCCUGCCUACUAGAGGCCAGCAGGCCCAGACCAAGGCGCAAAGGCUGCCCCACCCAUGCAGGGUCCAAGGCCUCCUGGGGCCUCCCUCAGGUCCUCCCGGUCCAGCAGCAGGGAGUGGAUGCUGUGGGUCAUCUGGGGCCAAGAGAAGGUGGCCUCCAGGGUGCCUGGGCUGUGCCCCCCAAGUUCCUCCGGUCCCAUUAGUCCCCAGCUCAGGGCCAGAGGUCCUGAGGAGGGAGCAUCAUGGCCCUGGGCAUGUGUCCUCCAGCCUCCAGUGGACCAGCCUGGCAGGGGGCCAUUCCCCUCGUGAGCCAACCAGGGCUCACCUGCCCACUCCGGGGUCAGAGGUCCAGCUGCCCUCCAUAGCCGGGUGCGGGAGCUGCCCUGGACUCGGGGUGCCUGGGGGAAGGGACACUGCCCUCACCCCGUGGCCCGGCAAGCGUGGCCAGUUCUCCACCCCCUGUCCCCGUGGAUGUUGGUGGUCCUCGCUCUGCCCUGGUGUCUCACCCUGUGGGGCCCCCUGCUCUGCCUGGAGCCGCCCCCAUUUCCUCUCACAGGCACACUAGAGUAGCCCGGCCCUGUGGAUGUUGUGAUUGUGGUCAAGUCUAAAGGUUUCACCUUGUAGUUCCUCACAAGCAGCCCCUCUGUCUGUGGCCCCAGCUCCAGCCCUUACCUGCCUCAGCCCAGGCCCCUGCUGGGGUGCGGGCAGCUCUGGCCAGGAGGGCACAAUGUGGCUGUAGGCCUGAGCAUUGGCUCUCUCGCAGCCUUUCAGUAAGACCUUGCCCCAGGGAGGCUCCGGACACUGGGUGCCUGCAGGACACGCCCCCCAUGAGGAGAGGCCUCGAGGCUCCACCUGCCUACCAUGCCCUGGAGAUGGCCAUUCCCUGCAAACCCUGUUACCUAGGCCUCCUCGACUAGUCCAACUCCCCACACUGCACCCCUCUUUAAGGCCCAGCCCGAGGUGUGUGGGGGGGUCCCUCUGCAUAGCUGAGUACUCAUGCAUUGCUCAAAGCUGGCUUUUCACAUUAAGUCAAUACCAAAUGCGGUUGCCACCUUCAUUCUCACAGACAGAUGCCUCCCUCAGGAGUUGCAGUUGAGUGACAACCCUGUACAUUGUAGCAUAGACCGAUUAUUUGUGGAUAUUUAAGUGAACAUGUUUACAAUUUUUGUAUAUAUGGAUCUCUCCCCUCCCUCUUCUGAAAGAACAAUCAGUGAUUGUGUAUUUUCAGUGUCCCAUGUUCCAACUGCAACUUCUUUACAAU